CCUCUCUGUCCCCGCCCCUUAGGCUACCAGCACAAACAUCAGUGUGAUAUUUACCUGUAACGACGUUUCCCUCAUCUUAACGCCUUUUACAGUAAUCAUUGGGUUUUUUAGAAGCAUCAAAUAAGACGGUAUAUAUUUUUUUCUUCCAGCGGAGACAAAUGCAAGGAUCAUUCUGUCGCUUGGCAUCGGGAAACGCAGGAUUAUGAUGUUUCCUUAAUUUUAUGUCAUGGGGAGGUUUGACGUUCGAUGUGCGAUGUGCGAGGGCCUUUAACAUCUAAAGACCCGUGGUCAAGAUUAUUUCCGAAAACCGCGUACAAAUCGUAAUAUAGCAUAUUGAUGACGUAGAAUAGAUAAAUACAUUUUUCUGGGUUUAGAAAAUAUUCUGGGAUUUGUGAGUAGCUACGCGCACGAAUACAUACAUGUAAACCUGGAUAUUUUAGAUCAGGAAAAGAUUUGAGGACUAAAACAAAACCGUAUCGUUUAAACUGACACCCAGAUGUUAAAAAUAAUACGGUUUCCUGGCAUCCCUGAUCAAAGGGAUUUGUAGGCUAUUGGAACUGUCAUCCGAGGGUCCAUCAUGCCCACCUCUCGAUCCGACGCGCGCCCAGUGGAAUAUUGGGUCGAUGGCUCGCGCCGAGAUGCGACGGUGGAGGAUUUCUAUAACAUGGGCCCAGAAUUAGGCAGGGGUGCCACAUCUGUUGUUCUUCGUUGUGAAGAGAAGCAGACUGAGAAACCUUACGCUGUGAAGGUCUUAAAGAAAACUAUUGACAAGAAAAUUGUGAGGACAGAGAUUGGAGUUCUGCUGCGUCUGUCUCAUCCAAAUAUUAUUCGUUUGAAGGAAAUUUUUGAGACAGAAACAGAGAUUUUUCUCAUACUAGAACUGGUAACGGGUGGAGAGCUUUUUGACAGAAUUGUGGAGAGGGGCUACUAUAGCGAAAGAGAUGCAGCUCAUGUUAUCAAACAAAUCCUGGAGGCUGUGGCGUACUUGCAUGAGAAUGGAGUUGUUCACAGAGACCUCAAACCAGAAAAUCUUCUCUAUGCUGAUUUGUCAAUAGAUGCACCACUUAAGAUAGCUGACUUUGGCCUUUCCAAAAUAAUUGAUGAGCAAGUGACAAUGAAGACUGUAUGUGGAACUCCCGGCUACUGUGCUCCUGAAAUUCUCAGAGGAAAUGCUUAUGGUCCUGAGGUUGACAUGUGGUCUGUGGGAGUCAUCCUUUAUAUUUUGCUAUGUGGGUUUGAACCAUUUUUUGAUCAAAGGGGGGACCAAUAUAUGUACAGCCGCAUUCUAAACUGUGAUUAUGAGUUUGUCUCCCCCUGGUGGGAUGAAGUCUCUCUCAAUGCAAAGGACCUGGUUAAUAAGCUCAUAGUCUUAGAUCCUCAUAAACGUCUCACAGUGAAGCAAGCUCUUGAGCAUCCAUGGGUUCUUGGAAAAGCAGCACGAUUCUCCCACAUGGACACAACACAGAGAAAACUACAGGAAUUUAAUGCAAGGCGCAAAUUAAAGGCUGCUAUGAAAGCUGUAGUUGCUACAAGCCGCAUGCAUGAGGGUUCACGACGACGGACUGAUAGCUGCGAGAUGCCUAACACAGAUAAGACCUCAUGCCAGAGCAGCAUACAGAAAGAAAACACCACAAAUUCUUCAAGAGAGCCUAUUUCCAUGAAAGAAGGAUCUGAGCAAGUUGCAGAUGGGGCCCUGGGGCCCUCGAGUUCUACCCCUCAAACAACUCCUAAAUCUAAACCUUUUACCCAGUCUGGGCCAGUACCUACUCGUCCACCCCUGAUAGCAGAAGGACACAGGCAGACCUCUGUCAUACCAAAAGCUCCUGUGGUAAGGCCGAGGGAACCCAAAAAGAGCUUCUCAGUGGAACCCGGAGGAAAACAUGAGGUUUCAUGAGUUCAUGAAGUUUUAACACCAUACCACUCUGUCCUAAUUACUUCAUUAAUGUUUUUAUCAUGAGUGUGAAAGUAGGCAGCAAUGCAGCAGAAUGAUCUAAAGAUUUGGAUUUUUACUAAAGAUGCAUGCCUUACACAAGGACAAAGAAGAAAAUGAAAGACAAUAUAUUCUGCUUCUUCCAUUUUUGCCAUGUAAUAUUUUGAUACUGAACUGGCACGUAAUAUGUUUUUUAAGCUUGUGAAGGGAUGUGGCUUUAAUAACAACUUUAGGUUAGCAGCAACACACAUAUUUGUUAUUUUCUUAGCACAAGUAUUGUUGAGAUCAUCUAUCGGUAAUCUUGUGGUAGUAUAUUUGUCUAGGAAUUAUUACUUAAAGACCCUAAAAUUUCUACUUCAGGGUGUAUUCACACUAGGCACAGCUGCCUUGAACCGAUUGCCACCCCCCUUCCCUCUCCCCUGAUGGCCCACAUUUACACUGCAUUUUUGUACUGGAUUGCUUAAGUUAUGAUGCACUAUUUUGAGUCAUUUGGAAUGCAGUGACAGGCAAAUAUUUUGCUGAACAGAUCCAGAGCUUUUGACACUCCUACAUUUUCAUAAAUGUCAAUUUGCUGCAUGCAUUAGGAGGUUUGCUAAAGGUGGAAUACAAUAAGGGGUAUGCAUCUUUGGUAAAUUACGAUAGUCUCCAUUCACUAAAAAGUACGAAUGAGUAAUAAAUCCAUAUAAAACA